AUGUUAUCUUGUUAAAUGAUAGAAUAAUAAAAUGAACUCAGAUGCUCAAAUAAUCAUUAAGAUUAGCCGAUAAUCAUGGUUCUUUUAGAUGAAGAAUAUUAAUAAAAUCAAAGAUUUAAAUGCCCUUUAUGUUUAGCAAAGAUUAAAGGAAAAGUCAAUUGUUUAUCUUAUGAAGAGGCUUUAAUUAAGAUUUAGGAUUAGAAAGACCAGGUUUAUUCAUUAGUUACAACAUUUGUUACAAAUAAUAUCAAAGAAUUAGAUGAUUUCCUUAAUCACAUUGAAAUAAUCAAAACUGAAUUGAUAUAGACUAUUAGUUAAAUUGAGAAUCAUAUAAAUUUAUGGAAAAGUUAAUUACUUUAACUAAGCAAGUAAGCAUCUUCCUAUAGUAUUUUAAAAGAAAUUGAUAAUAUAAACAUUUCAAAUGAAUCUCUGAUAGAUCAAGAAAAAUAUCAAUUUAUAGAGAAACUUAAUCAAGUUAAUGAUGCUUUUUAAUGCAAGACAAUUAAUCAUUUUAAAAGUUUGAGGGAAAUAUUUAAUAAAGAAUAAACAUCUUAAAUCUUCUAGAUGAUUUAAAAAGAUAAUAGAGAAAAUGAAUAACUUUUGAAUGAAUAAUGUUUAUAGACUGAAAUAUAAUUAAAUAAUGACUAAAAGGAAUCUUCAAAUUAAUAAUUAGCAUAGACUGAAUGCUCAAAUUUAGAAAAUACUGAAAAAGAUAAAUUAGUAUAAUCAAAUGAGCAUGAGAAUAUUCUGUAAUAAUCAUGUACUAAUGAAAACAUAAUAAAUGAAUUAAGUUAGUUGUAGGAAAAAACAUAUUAUAAAUUAUAAGGUGAGUUAUAAUAGAAAGAAGCUUGUAUAGCAUUGGCUAUUAAUUUUGAUGGAUCACUUGUGGCUGCUUCAUGUAAUAAUGAUAUAAAAAUUUGGAAAUUUUAGAAUGGAAAUAUGAUAGAUUAAAAGAUAAUAUUGAAAGGACAUGAAAAUAUAGUAUUUUGUAUUAUUUUUAGCAAAAAAAUAAAUUGGUUUGUUUCUGGUGGGACUGAUAAUUAAAUUAGAUGUUGGACUGAAAAAAAUAAAAGAUCUUGGUUCAGCUCACAUAAUUGGGAAGGUUCGAAAGCAUAUAUAUAGCAUACUAAUUCUAUAUUAUGUUUGCUUUUAAAUGAAAAUGAAGAUUAAUUAAUAUCAAGUAGUUGUGAUAAUUCAAUUAAAAUUUGGAAUAUAAAAUGCUCAGAUAACUCUUUGUUGUUUUAAUAUUCUUUAGAGAAACAUAAAAAUCAAGUUUUCUAAAUAUCUUUAAAUUCAAAAGAAACCUAAAUGGUCUCAUGUAGUGAAGAUUAAUAAAUUAUACUUUGGGGGAAGGAUGUAAGUAAUAAAUGGGAAUUUAAAUAUACUAUUGACCAUAAUAUUAAUGAUUAUGGACUUAGAAUUAACUUUUUAUCUGAUGAUACAAUAUUUUGGUGUUAAUUUUCAUAACCUUUCAUUCAUGUUUUUAAAUUAGAAAACGAAAAAUUUUAAUAGUAAUCUAAUAUGAAAAUAUAAUUAAAAUCUUUGUCAGAAGAUUGUAAUUGGUGUGAUUAUUGUUUUUUCCCUUCAAAAUAUAACAAUUAAAAAUAAGUCUUAAUUAUAAAAUAGAAUAAGUAUAUUUAUAAAAUCUAAUAAAAUUAAGAUCAAUAAUAUUAAUUAGAUAGUAGUUUUAUAGAGUGUAGUGCUGCUUGUAUUUAUGGAGCAAUUUAAGAUAAUCUAUAACAUAUUAUAAUUUGGAAUAAAGAAUUAAAAUUAUUUUAAAUUUAUUAAAUCUAGGAAAAAUGA